CGGAGGGAAGGUCGGAGCUCAGUCUGCAAAGGCAAGUCAGGCAGAUCAAGUUCGGAGGGUGCUGUGCCGAGAAGUUUAGGAACGGCGAGCCGCAAAAGUUUUGUUUGUUUUAAGCAGAGACUUGCCCAUGAAGGGAAAAAGAAGAACAGUGACUGGAGGCGAGAAAUGGGUACAGAGCAAGCUGUUCUUUUUCUUUCCAGGGAUGAGACUUGAGCAUGAUUGUGGGCCCAGAAGAAGGAUCCAGUUGAAAAGAACGAGACCGCAGUUGUUAUCUGGGCUUUGAUUUGGAGUCGACAGCAAUUUUAUGACUACAGCAUUUCAGGAGAAGCUAGUGGCCAUAAGGAUAUUCUUAAAAUCAGUAUGAACUGAACUUUUUCACUUCUGUCCUCUCAAAGUUUACCUUAGAUCCAGUGUGUGGUGGAAACUCACCCUCCAAGCUUGAACUCUUCUCCAGUUUGAUUCUUUUCCUCCAGAGCAGCCUUGUUUUCCAAAUGAUUUGCAGGCUGCUGAAGGAGGAUGCGAGAGGAAGUCUGGCUCAUCGGAGCAGGCCUGCCAAGCACAUCUGGAAGUGGUUUCAGGGGCCGCCUCACUCGCCCAGCACAACGCCUGGAUUCCCAGCUGCUUGGCGCAGGGGUGGAAGAAACCCGAGCCGCUCCAGAGUUGAUGCAAGCAAAGUUGGGGGGGAGGAAGCUCAGGAGAGGAAGACUUUGGGAAACGGAAUAUUGGCCUUGAGGCUCUCCAGUCCUUUGAGAUUUCCAAUGGGAUUUUAGAAGCAGCUGAAGCAGCGUGAAGGGCAGCAGCCUGGGGCCAGCCACGAUUUGAACACUCUGCCCUGCAGUCCUUCUAGACAGAGGAGCCCAAAGCCCUGCCCUCACCGCUCAUCAGGUUGCAGUUUUUAUCCGCGUGAACACACAUGGCUUUGUUACGAAAAAUUAAUCAGGUGUUGCUGUUCCUUCUGAUUGUGACCCUCUGUGGGAUUCUGUAUAAGAAAGUACAUAAGGCUGCUGUUCUCAGGAAUGAAACAGAUGAUGACUCUGAGACUCCUGAGGAAAUGGAAGAUGAGAUCCCGGUGGUGAUUUGUGCAGCACCAGGCAGGAUGGGUGCAACCAUGGCUGCCAUCAACAGCAUCUACAGCAAUACCGACGCCAACAUUUUGUUCUACGUAGUUGGACUCCGGAACACUCUGUCCCGAAUACGAAAAUGGAUCGAACAUUCUAAACUAAGAGAAAUAAACUUUAAAAUUGUGGAAUUCAACCCUGUGGUUCUCAAAGGGAAGAUCAGACCAGACUCCUCGAGGCCUGAACUUCUGCAGCCUCUGAACUUUGUGCGAUUUUAUCUCCCUCUGCUCAUCCACCAACAUGAGAAAGUCAUCUAUUUGGACGAUGAUGUAAUCGUACAAGGGGACAUCCAGGAGCUGUAUGACACCACCCUGGCCCUGGGCCAUGCGGCGGCUUUUUCGGAUGACUGCGAUUUGCCCUCCUCCCAGGACAUACACAGACUGGUGGGGCUGCAGAAUACAUAUAUGGGGUAUCUGGACUACCGGAAGAAGACGAUAAAAGACCUCGGCAUAAGCCCCAGCACUUGCUCUUUCAAUCCUGGUGUGAUCGUUGCCAACAUGACCGAAUGGAAGCACCAGCGCAUCACCAAACAAUUGGAGAAAUGGAUGCAAAAAAAUGUGGAAGAAAAUCUCUACAGCAGCUCCCUGGGAGGAGGGGUGGCCACCUCGCCAAUGCUGAUUGUGUUUCACGGGAAAUACUCCACCAUCAACCCCCUGUGGCACAUAAGGCACCUGGGCUGGAAUCCAGAUACCAGAUAUUCGGAGCAUUUUCUGCAGGAAGCAAAACUCCUCCACUGGAAUGGACGGCAUAAACCUUGGGACUUCCCCAGUGUUCACAAUGACUUAUGGGAGAGCUGGUUUGUUCCUGACCCUGCAGGGAUAUUUAAACUCCAUCACCCCAACAGCUGAGAGAAUUCGACCUUUUAAGUAUUUCCUGCAUAAAUGUGUGGAAUGGUCCAUUUGGAGCCUGUGUAACAGUUUGUUCUUUAUGAACAGUACCUUUGGUACGUGUGAUCCACGAAACCAAACCCAAGAAACGCUCUGUGUACAGAUACUACCUGGGAUCAUACAGGUAUUGAUUUACUUCCUUAAGGACAAGUGGCAUUUAUGGAAGAUCAUGUGAGUGAAGUAAACCCAGCUAGAUUUCAGCAAUCAAUUUGUUUAACUCUGAAUGACAGUUACAUCCAUAAACUUUAAAAAUAUCUAAAUGUAUUUUUCAGAUGUAGAUAUUUUUAACAGGUUGCCAAUCUUGUCUUUUGUAGAAAGGAGAUACAUUUAAAACAUGAACAUCUGAAAAAAUAAAAUAUUCAUAGAUUUUUACUGAUUUUCAUUAUAUAUAUAUUAUUCUACAUGUUAAAUAUAGAAGGUAAACUGGCUUGGGUUAACAGAGGAGAGAACAUCAGUUAAGUCUUGUUACAGAAAACACUGAAACUGAAACUUAAGGAUAAUCAUUCUCAAUACUUUUUAUUGUAAAAACCAUUAACUUUCAAAUGAAUUCAAAAACUUUUUCAAUAUUAUUGCAUGAAAAAGUCUCAUAUUGUCAACAUUUACUACCCCUCUGUCGUAUUUGAUGAAAAACGCCAUCACUGUAUGCUUGGAAAAAUCCUCAAACCCAUUCUCUAGUGAGUGUGUGUCAUAAUUUAAAGGGUAAAUUCUUUUUCUCCACUCAAAAAAAAAAAAAAAAAUCUACUUAAGGCUACAGUCAUUAAAAACCAAAGCAAUCCCUAGUUCCAUGCUUUACAGAGUCCCAUGAAAAAAUAAUUAAAUUGUUCCUAAUCCCUGACGCAAGGCACUUCACAGCACCCGCACAAAACAUCCAUGUAAACAGCAGUACAGUACGUGAUUUAAAUAACACGAAUGACUUUUACACAGCUUGACCUAGACUAAAGAAAAAAAUAAAAUCCAUCACAGCUACAGCUAAAAAUCAUGUUAAGUCACAACAAGAAUCUGUUUCUCUUAUUACAAAAACAACAGGUCAUAUAACCUUUUAGAAAAACAAAACAAAACCUCAUAAAUAUUUUCAUAUUGAAAAACAGCAUGCUUCCUGGGUAGGUAUGAAAUCAGAAUAUUCACAAGUGAUCAGGAGUAAAUGCAAACGGCAUUUCUGAAUACCCAGCUUUGAUAUCCACCAGGCCUAGUAGUCUGGACUAUUGGUAGCACCAUGGAAAAUGCA